AUGGAGGCGGCAGUGAGGGCGCUCGGCGCGCAGCUGGCGGAGAUGCGGGGGGAACUGGCAGAAACGCGGAGGGAAAUGGAGGAGAUGAGAGCGAUGGAGCAGCGAGUGCGAAUGGAGGUGGCACAGGCGCGGGAGGAGAGGCAAGCAGGAGCGUUUGAGUGGCGGCAGCAGCUGACAGGAGUGAGCGCUGCAGUGGCGGAGAGGGAGAGAGAAACACGAGAGGUGGCUCGGUUUUUGGGUGCACUCCAGGGCACGGUGCAGGGGGUGCAGGGGACGAUGCGCAGCCGUGCAAGCAAGGGGGAGGUGGCGGCUGUGAGGAAGCGGCUGGGGGGAGCGCGGAAGGGCGUGAUGGGCGCGGUGAGAAGGGAGGUGGCAGCAGCGGUCAGAGCAGAAGUUGCAGCAGCAGCAAGGGGGGAGAGAGGAGGAGCGCAGCAAGAGGUGCAACGGGGGGUGCAGCGAGAAGAGCAGCAAGAGGAGCAGCGAGAGGAGCGGAGAGAGGAGCGGAGAGAGGAGCGUGAGAGUGAAAGCGAGUGUGGGAGUGAGUGUGAGAACAAGGGCCUUGUGACGCAGCUGGUGCAGGAGAAGACAGCCCUACUGUGCGAAAAGACUGCUGCAGAAGCAGAGGUGCGAGAGCUGCAAGCACAGGUGGAGGCGAUGAGAGAGAACGAGCAGAGAGUGGGAACGGAGCCGAUACAAGGACAGGAAGGAAGACGGAUUGAGGUGCAAGACCGCGGGCAGCCGGUACGAGAAAGUGCUGCAGUGGCGGAGAGGGAGGGAGAAGCAGGGGAGGUGGCUGGAGCUAUCAGUGCGCUCCAGGCUACGGUGCAGAGGGUUGUGCAGAGCGGUGUAGGGGUUGUAGGGGAGGUGGAGGGGGUGGCGUCAAAAGUGAGACUGGCGGGGGCAUGGAAGAACGUGUUGGACGCGGUGAAAAAGGAGGUGACAGCAGCGGUGAUGGCUGUGGUGAUGGGGGACGAGGAGGACGGGGCUGGAACGAACGGGGAGGGGGCACGAGUGCUGACACCGAUGCAGAAACUGAUGGUGAAAAUGAUGGGGCCGCGCUCGGAGCGAGAGUACCGGAGAGCGACAGGGCAGAGAAUGUUGGGGGCGAUGUGUGAGUGCGAGAACAAGGGGUGUGUGGCGCACCUGGUUAAGGAGAGCACAGAGCCUGUGUACAUGAAAGAAGCGAAGGAUGCAGCAGCGGAGGUGAAAGAGCUGAAAGAGGCUUUGGGUGCUGCUCUGCGGAGGAAUGGUGAGAUGGGUGCUGUGGUGGAGGAGAGGGCGAGGGAGCUGGGUCAAGUGAAGGGGGAGCUGAGUAAGGUGUUGGCUGAAUGGCAGAGACAAGUCACUGAAGCUCCCAGAGAGAUGGACGUUGACAAGGAAAUCAGGGAGAGCACAGGGGAUCGAAGGAAUAUAUGGCUGGCUAUCCAAUCCGCCUCACAAGGAGAAAAGCUACACGCGCUUCUUGCGCUCUCGCUGGCGCUACUGGUCGUCGCGGCCCGCGCCGGCAGUCCCAUCACGAGCAGCUCGGCGAACGAGAAGCCCGACCUGAGCAGCAAGAAGGACGACGGGCUGAUGACGGAGAUCCCCGCGGACAUCGCGAAGCAAGCAGCGGCGGGCAACGCGGCGGGAGUGACGUACGUAGACACGGCGCAGGACACGUUCUUCAUGGCGGACGUGAAGAAGGCCGGGUGGAACGCGCAGAAGUGCCCGCCCGGUUUGAACAAGGAGCUCGCGGGCGCGUGCACGCCCAAGAACUGCUCCAAGGGCGGCAUCGCCGCCAAGUGGAAAACCGCUUACCUGCAGAAGAACAAGCUCGGAUACGAGCUGUACGUGCCGGGUAACCCGCUCACGCUGCUCAAGGCGAACCCCGCUUCGUGCUGCAACACGUGCGCCGCGACGCCUCUGUGCACGUACUGGCAGUACAUCCCCGACAUCACGAUCGACGGCAAGAAGGGCAAGGGCGCGUGCUACCUGAUUCACGACCAGAUCGACUUCACGUGCGGAGAGAUGACCGCGCAGUACAACACGGAGACGAAGCCCGUGCCGCUGCAGGUGCGCAUCGGCGGCGAGUGCAACCCGAGCGCGAAGAUUCUCAACGACCCGCAUCUGGUGGGCGCGCACGGCACGCACUUCGACUUCAACGGGCGGCCCGACAAGGCGUUCUGCCUGCUGACGGACCGCGACCUGCACGUGAACAUGCUGCUGCGCGGGUACUACGACGCGCGCACCGACAACGCGGCGCUCGUGGUGGACGGCAAGGCCGUGCACACGUGGAUCAAGGAGCUCGGCAUCGUGUGGACCGCGGCCGGCGCGGACCACAAGAUCAGGCUGGCGGCGCGCAGCGGCAAGCAGCAGGAGCGUGGCGAGGGAUUCAUGAAGUCGAUCGAGAUCGACGGCGAGGAGAUUCCGCGCAUGCAGUUGGGCGACUCGGUGACGAGCGCGGGCGGGCUGACGGUCCAGUUCCGCGCGGAGGAGAAGGAGGGGCCGUUCGACGUGGACUACUAUCUGCUCACUAUCGACGGACUCGUCUCCCUCGACCUCCGCCUGCGCGUCGCGCACCCCAAGCUGCAGACGCCAACAGACGCCGAGGCGCAUAUUAAUGUGGGGAUCGCUGAGCUCGAGCACACGGACGAGAUUCACGGCGUGCUCGGUCAAACCUACCGCGCGGAUCACUCGCAGCGCGCCGCGGACUUCCAGCGCCUGAUCGCGAGCCUGCACCGUCCGAUCUCCGCCGAUGGCGCGGAGGGCGAGGGGUUUCUGGAUGGCACGCCCCGGUCGUACGAGGCGAGUGACGUGCUCGCGGUGGACUGCGCAUACACCGCGUAUGGCCGCGCCCGGCAAGCCAUGCCCGUGCAGCAGCUUCCUUAA